GAUUGUUAAUAAAAAUGGUGCGUGCACUUUAGUGAAAGCUUAGAACUUCACUUCUACUUUAAGCUCUUUGACAUUCAAGUUUGUGAAUUUGGAAUCUUUAAACAACCGGCGUUUUACGAGGAUAUUCUGAGCCUGCUGUGGUUAAGAUGGUCAGUGAGAGCAACGAUCGAAGAGGAGCUAAUGGUUUUAUUUCGAAUGAGAUGAUCAAUAUGAUAGACACCAGUGAGAAAAUGGAUGAAGCGCAAACCAAGAAAGACAAAACUUCGAUUAGUGAUGAGCUAUGUUUGUUUGGGGAGAGUAGUUCAGUUCACGGUCUGAAAUAUGUGUCGGAGAGGUCUUCUCACUGUUUCAGAAGGAUUUUCUGGCUGCUGGUCAUCCUGUGCUGCCUGGGGGUGUUGAUUUACCAGAUCGUGGACCGGGUCCGGUACUUCACCAGUAACCCGGUCACCGUCAAUGUACAGGUCAACUAUAACAGCACGCUAGUGUUCCCCGCCGUCACGAUCUGUAACCAAAACGCAUUCAAGGCUACUUUGGCAGCGGAGAAGAAGCGAUACAAAUUGAUAGAGGAUAUGUUUACAGAGCCCGAGAGUUUUAAUUCUACCAGUCUGCAGAAAGACUUAGCUGAAAACAUCACAUUGGAGGAAUUGUAUUUACAAGGAGCACACAAAAGGGAAGAUUUUAUUUUCAGAGCAAUCUGGAUGGGAAAGACGAUGAAUCCUGAUGAUUUUGAUCAGUUUGUCACAGACCACGGCGUGUGCUACACAUUCAAAAGAAGUGAAACAGAUGGAAAGGUUUCUUCUCCAGGUAUAGAAAAUGGUCUGCGACUGACUCUCAAUAUAGAACAGUACGAGUACAUGCCUGGCCCUCACGACGCCGCGGGGAUAAAGAUGCUCAUCCACGACCACAGCGACAUCCCCAUGGUCCACGCCCUUGGUCAGGCCAUUUCCCCGGGGUCGCGGGUGUUUGUGGGAAUGAAGAUCAUAGAGUUAGAAAACCUACCAGAGCCCCAUGGGAACUGUGAAGAGAAGACGUUAGAAUACGUGGACACGUACACGUCCGAGGGAUGCCGACUGGACUGUCUGACGAAGAGAGCGAAAUCCGAAUGUGGAUGUCGCGCUCUGUACAUGCCUCAUAAUAAUGGAGACCCUCCAGUAUGCACUCUGAAACAAUACUACGAUUGUCUGAAAGAAGUUAUUGAAAGGUUCCCGACCCUUUACUACAAAAUAUGUUCCUGUCCGGUGUCAUGUAACUUCCGGCUGUUUGAGACAGACCUGUCAUAUGGUACAACGUCGGACUACAAUCUGAGGAAGUACUUGUCGUCAAACGACACGACUAAAUUUGCUCAAGACCUUCUAAACGCCACUGAAGUCACCUCCAGAUACGAGGACACCAAGCUUUCGGUGGUGCAGGAUUUUUACUCGACUCUAACUAAUGAUACCGAAAAAAUAUCAAAUGUGCAUGAACGCCUGGUCACCUUGGUGGACGGACUCAUUAAUGCCACAGAUGUGGUUUACCAAGACAUGAAAAACCAUUACGACUUUAAAGAUUUUUUGUAUAAAUAUCAAAUUUAUAUAAUGCAGAAAAAUUUUAUGAGAGCUCGAGAUGCAAUGGAAGAGCGCCAUAUACAUAUAGUUCCUUUAGCGUAUACAGAAUUUAUAUUACUGAUCGAGAAAUCCAUACGAAAACUUGCCGAUACGCAGUUUCCGAAUGACACGUCACGUCUUGUUAUCUAUGGAAACCUGAACGAUAAAAUAGACAGUCGGUUGGAAAUUACUGAGCGAGUUAUUGCCAAUUACACGUCGUUAAGAGAUGCUUACAUUGCAGGCCAGAAAAUUUUUAACUACAAGUAUAUGGACAUUCCAAGGGCUCACAAUAACCCAGCAACACCAAAAAAAUUGAUUCAAGAUUCUGUUAAUCAUAACUCGUACGCUAACAAAUCAACCGUACAGUUUGAAAGCUUCAUCAAUAAAUCAGUUGUUACGUUAAACUUGUGCAAGGAUUUGGCGGGAAUCGCGUACGCUAGUUAUACCGUGAAGGAGGCCGACUUAUGGCUCUGUGUUGAGGAUUAUCGUCAUGCCAUGCGUAAUUGGAUGUAUGCACGAAGUUUGUUUUAUUAUGAAAUCGUUGAAAGGCCCGAACGGAUACUUCAAGAGAGACUUGAGAACUUUGAAUCAUUGUGGACUGAAUUUCAGUUGAUGUUUCAAAAUAUCAAUCAGAGUUUGUAUUCAAUACGCUCGGAAAAUACGGACUUUGGCUCAAAUAUACUCACAUCGAUAGAAAAUUCUAAUCGCCAACUUGAGCAGUACCUUGUUGCAAAUGCCACAAAAUUAUCUUUAUCAGAAGACUUUUUGUCAAACACUACAGAAGAUGUUCUUUCCAAAUUAACUCUGUAUUUUCAAAUUUUGAAAACAAGACAGACAACUCUUACAGACUGGAUUUCCCGAUUACAGUCAAGUGCUGGUGACAUAUGGCAAAACAUAUUAAAUGACGAAGAUUCGUACGAUUAUUAUACAUAUAUAAACAAAAAUGAAUAUUUAAAGAACUUUACGGAAAUUGAAUCCGAUUUAAAAUCCAAUUUUAGUACGAUUCUUGAUGACGUAAAAUUUACAGAUGUGAUCGACGGUCAAGAUGGCCAACUCCUUUCUACUUUCAAUAAUAUUAUUGCUCACAUGAAAGAGUUUCAGGAAGCGCUCAAAGUAGAUAGCGAUUUUAUAAGGGACAAUUUACUGCAAAUAAACAUCUUUUAUCGAGAGAUGAGCUACGAGAAAAUAGAUCAACAAAUUGCUUACGACAUGUUUUCCUUGUGGUGCGAUAUCGGCGGAACAAUGGGGUUAUUUUUAGGAGCAAGCUUUCUGUCAAUUCUGGAAAUUGCAGACUUUGUUUUACAUAGAGUUGUGCAACGGAAGGUGACACACAGGAUUGAUGACAAAAAGAUGUGACCGAGUCAUUAAAUUGCUGGGAAAAUGCA